AUGGUCCACAACUUAUUAGACAGGAGACAUCAGCAAAGCGACCAUUUCAACGAUAGCCAUCUACAAAUCAAGAGAAAGUCGAUAAUCGAAACACAGAACAUAAUACUGGAAUUGUUAUUCAGAGUCCUAAGCAAAAAACGUGCACCAAAAAAUAGUCAAGUUCAAGUCAAUACUUUUCAGGAUUAUUUUUUCGUUGUUGAUCGUGUUAGUCAAUAUUCACGAGAACUAAUUAGUUUUAUAUAA